ACGAGUCCGAAGAAAAGCCAAAGCGCAAGACACAGUCACACGGCACCGUGGGUUUCUAGUUUUAAUCCCCACGUUUGACGUUUGUGGAGUUCUGGUGGGCAAUAGGUAUUACUUGUCACUACAAAAAGUAUCUGAAAACGGACCGACAGUAGUUUCCGUAAAAUAGAUUCCUUCGUUCGGCCAAGAAGUUUCCUUUUUUUUUAUUUUUUUCUCUAGCCGCUUUGCUUCCUAGUCAGAGAAUUCUACCGGUUCAUUGCGCCAAAGCUCAGUUUUUUCGAGAUGGGUCUGUGGGAUUCCUUGCUCAAUUGGCUCCGGAGCUUAUUCUUUAAACAGGAAAUGGAACUUUCCCUCGUUGGCCUUCAGAAUGCAGGAAAGACAUCUCUUGUCAAUGCCGUUGCUACAGGGGGCUACACCGAGGACAUGAUUCCAACUGUUGGAUUCAAUAUGAGAAAAGUUACGAAGGGGAAUGUGACAAUCAAGCUUUGGGACCUUGGAGGGCAAAGAAGGUUUCGUACAAUGUGGGAGCGUUACUGUCGCGGUGUUUCUGCAAUUCUGUAUGUAGUUGAUGCUGCUGAUAGAGACAGCGUUCCCAUAUCUCGAACUGAGCUACAUGACCUCUUGAUGAAACCAUCCUUAAGUGGAAUUCCUUUGCUUGUUCUAGGAAACAAAAUUGACAAAUCAGAAGCUCUUUCCCAGCAAGCGUUGGUGGAUCAGCUAGGCCUUGAAUCAAUUAAAGACAGAGAGGUCUGCUGCUAUAUGAUAUCGUGCAAGGAUUCCAUAAACAUAGAUGUUGUCAUUGAUUGGCUUAUCAAGCACUCAAAAACAGCAAAAUGAUUCAUGGGUUGACUUUCUUCGGUGCUUGGAUGAAGAACAAUCAAGGUCCAAGAAGCAAAUUUGGUGAUAAAAAACCCUUCCUGGUUGAGUCCGUUCUCCCUCAUUUGGUUUUAGCUGUGCCCCAAAUAAGUGCUUUGUACAUACUUGUACAAUUGAAGCCAGUCUUACAUGCAUUUUCUGUUUUCCUUUUUAUAUUUGAACUGUUCCUUCCCAAAUGUUUCUGAAUUUUGCGGAGGAUAGAUAGUGCCACUAACUUGAUCAGUUGAUCUUUGGAUUAUUUAUUUAUUUAUUUGUUGUUCACUUUUAUCAAAUACUUCCCUCCCAGCUCAAA